UUUUGGCCACCUCCGGUCACUUCGAUUAGAGUGGUGGCUUACGUAUAGGCAUGAUGAACGGAAACGUGACUAGGCAUCCAAAGCUUUCUGUUAUGCAACCGCUGACCUACUAACACACAUUCGAGGACGACGAGAGGAGAUUGUGUAUGUGUGUGAGUAAUAGGAAAACUGGAGCAAAGCCUCCGACAUAACAUAAGGACGAAGAGGGAGGGCGAGAGAGAGAGACGGCGAAUAGCAGCACAUGCAGAGUCACAUUAAUCGACACAAAGCCGGUGAGUGGAUCACGACCCACGCGGGAUAUUUGCAGCACAAACUAGAGUUGUAAGGGCAGGAAGGCAGACAAAAAGAGCAGACCUGGGACAAGAAACGGCAUACAGAGGCGCUGAAGAUCGGUCUAUUGAAAAAUAAAAGCGGAUUAUUCUGUGUAACGAAAGGAAUGUGCUAUUUCUCUUCGAUCUGCUCAAAGACUGGACAAAACGGUGAGCUGAUACAGGUUUGAUGAAUGAUCAACAUCUUUAGCAGGGUGCCUGAAUAAACUAGGUCGUUCUCUGACAGUAACCCCAGCUUACACUGUCACCGUCAGCCAUCAAUAACAAGACCUAACUUGGCUUCAAAGGUUUUUGGAGGAGCUUCGCCAAGUCAACAGACUUGUGUUGUCUUCAACCACACAGAAUUGAAAGAAAGCUAAACAAAAAAAGGAACUUUCCCUUCUCUGGGAAGAAAACCCUCGAAAACACACCUAUCCAAUGACUGAUGUUUUUGUUGAGUUCCAUCUUUUUCUUAUCUUUUUGGCCAGUCUGGACACUUGAACAUUUUGAAGACCGGUUAGAGUAGGAGGAAAAUAAUAUCCAUCAGAUCUCGUCCUCCUUGAAAACGGACAAUUAAGUGUGUUUUUUUGAGUAUUAAUCACAAAUUAAUACUCAGUUGUAUUUUUUAAAUUUCAAUGUCCACUGAGUGCCAGUUAUACAAACUGGCCUCAAUAGCACCAUAAUGGAAAGCCUAAAUCUUCCUACCCAAAACAAUAGUGCCAGCUUGGAAUCUUUAGAAACCUUCUCAAACUACAGUGAGAGUUUACCAUCACCUCAAAUAGCCAGCCCUCCACGUCAAGGCCGACUAAUAAAACCAAAACCCAACUCAUCCUGUCGGCGGAAGCGCGAGUUCAUCUCUGAUGAGAAGAAAGAUGAGUCCUAUUGGGAAAAACGACGCAAGAACAAUGAGGCUGCCAAGAGGUCAAGAGAGAAGCGCAGGAUCAAUGAUAUGGUGCUGGAGAACAGGGUAAUGGCACUGAACGAGGAGAAUGUGCGACUGAAGACAGAACUCCUGCAAUUGAAAUUGAGAUUCGGACUUAUUACCUCUGCCUCUUACAUGGAGAAAACCCAGCAGAUCAAUAAUGGCACUGAGGCGGCAACGAAUGGUGCUAAUGGUACCGGAGCAACCUCCGGAAAUCCAUACUACUCAAGCAGUGGAUACUCCAGUGCUUCUCAGGUCAUGAUGAGCUCUGAUUCCUCAGAGGCUGAGCAGCCUACUAGGAGUGAACGCUACUCAACAUUACCUAAAUACUCCCCCCUUGGAUCACUGUCCGACAUGUCUGAUGGAUCUUCACGGGACAGUCCUGAACCUAUAAACUAUGACAUCAAGCAUGAGAGCUCUGGAAUGGAUAUCAACAGGCUUGAGGCAAGCGUUCUUAACGGCAUGUUCAAUGACCAUCAAAGUCUUGCACAAUUGGAGUCUCACCAACUGCAAGAAAUGGAGCAGCAAGAAGGGUCCAACACCCCAGCCCCUCCAUCUGCCACACCCCAAAGAAGUGUUAUCCUCUUCCGUUCUGGAAGCAGUUCCUACCCUGUUGAGAGCCAAAGGGUUGAAGACAUUGAGCAGCAGGUGGUAUCUCAACCGCAACAAAAUGGGCAAAUCACGCACUUUACUCAAACAGGGUGUAGUCUGCCUAUAAGACAUGAUGGUUUAGAGACUCUUUCAGAGGUAGCACAACAGCUGGGCAGGAGAUCUUUGGAUUCACCAAAUUAUGAGUACACAUAUGGCAAAGCAGAUACCAGUGAAAGCCGGCGGUUUGUCAUUCAGCAACAAGACCGGAGUGUUCAAGGACAAUGUAGAAGCCAGGUGCAAGACAGCACCCCAAAUUGUUUUGCCCCAGAUCUUGUCAAUGAAUCUGGAAAAGCCCAGCAAUACCAGCGCUCAAAUGCCUACCUUGGCACUCUCAACGAGGAACCCCCAGUGCUCGCAUAUGAAGGCUGCCCGAGAACAGAUGGCUUCUACCAAGAGCACUGCUCUUCAGGCAAGGAUACCUCCUCUAGUGACGGAGACCCUCGCAGCUCAGAUAAGGAAGCCUCCACUGAUGAUGAAUCGCCCUCAUCCUCUUCCUCUGAUAUUGGUGGCUAUCACGCCAUCCACCAAUUAGUACCUUCACCCACCAUGGUCACCAAUGAUGGUUGCCAAUAUGGAGAUAACCAAGGCGAAAUGAAAGGCACUGCGCUGCCACACAAGCUAAGGCUCAAAUAUAGAGCACUAUCCAACGGUGGCUCCCAAGAUGUCCCCAAUUCUGCAUCAACAACUGCUACGUCACCUGAUUCCGCUCUGCCUCAGCACCCAUACCUGGCACUAGCGCACAUUAGCCAGCAGCAAGGCAGCGGCUCUGGAAGCAGGGAAGAGGAGAGUGAAACAGCAGAUGAACUUUGCACACAACAAUCUCCCUCCAGAGAGAAAGAUGAGCUAAGGAAGAAAAAUGGGAAGAGGAGCUCAGGUGGGCAAGACAGAAACCAGAAACGUGACUGAGACUGGCAUGCAAGAUCCUUUAAACACAGUAAAGAUAGGACUUGAUAAAUUUCAUUUUUACCACCCUAUAGAGGGAAAAAAAAAGGUACAGUUAAUUGCAUGAAAGUCUAUUACUUAUGCUUAACACCAGCCAGAAAGUGUUUUGCUCUUGAUCUGUUUUCUUAUCGAGAACAAUUGUGACCUUUUGAUGCAGCUCUGUUCUUUCACUCUUUCAAAAGCACUUAAUAGUAACUCAAAGUUACAAAGUGGAAAUUGAGCUCUUUCUAAUGAUCUUUUUGUUUUGAAAACAACCUACAAAAUGAAUCUGUAUAGCAACCUUUAACUCCUUGUCUCCACCUUUAAAUAUUUACAUAUCUCUGCCAUGUUUCGUAGCUUAGCUUUAUGAACAGGUAGUUUCUGAAACCAGUAUGUAGUUCUCUCCACAGGUUCAUGGAGUUCAAGACACAAGGACUUUUCCCCCACUGAUUUCAGAAGGAAAACCUCAGAUGUAUCACUCUUCUCCUCUGCCUUUGGACUUUAGCAUUAUUCAAGCACUUGGAUUAUAUAAUACUGUGACAUGACUAAACAUAUCAUAUUUCAAUAUAUUUUAUCAGGAAAAACAUGUCAGUCUUUAAGAGACUCUACUUUGGAUUCCUGUUAAGUCCUUCAUUUUCAUGAUGUCUGAUGCUUCCAUUUAGAUUUUUAAGUCAUCAUUCUUAUCUCACUGUAUCACAUUGAUUGAAAGAUACCUGAAUGUUAUUUUCAUAGUGUUUCAGUCUUUUAUAGGUCAAUGCAAACUAGUGACAAUGACCUUUCAACUCUUGUCCAUCACUAUCACCUUACUGUAUUGUAUCAUUGUAAAGGAGCUUGAUGGAUUGACCCUCUCCAAAAGGUCACUGUGACCAAUUUAAAAAACAAACAAACAAACAUUGCAAUCUACCUGACAUUUAGCCAAAUUAGAGUCAAAACCCUUUCAGAAAUGUCAAGGCAGCCUCUUCUGAGACUGUGUACAAAGUGUAAGAUAUACCAUUGCCAUAAUCUGUAGUCAGGUUUCAGAGAUGCCUCACAUGCUACCUCAUGAGAAGAAAUUGUUGAGGUUACGCAGAACUGAAAUGUUUUUCUUCAUAAAGGAGAAUGAUACAUUGGUGUGUGUAGCCCAUUACAUUGUCAUACCCAUCAACUGUUGCGUAAAAGUUAUCACAGAUUAAAUGCUGCAGUACACAACUGUUACACACUCAGUAGUAAAUCAUAGCCACAAAUUUAGCAUCAAUCCCACUAGUUGUCUUUGUAGAAUUUACCACAGCUGAAAGCUGCUUCUGCACUGAAUUUUUUCUUCAGAUUUUAUACAAUCUGUGUUUAUUGUUCCCAAACAGGUGCCUGGCACUGGCCAUUAUGUAAAAAAUGUACAGACAAAUUCUCUUUUGAGUAUUUUAAGUUUGUAUCAAGUUUAUUUUGGCAUUCUGUAAUAAUAAUUAUUAAUAUUGUGUUUUAUAUUGUAUUCUAAUGCUAUUAUUCUUUUUGGGGGGUUCAUAUUUUCAUGUGUCCGUUCACCUCAAUGUGAUACAAUAUGUAUGUAUUUUCAUGUCCUGUUAUUCUAUUUCGCCUCUGUAACCAGGUGUAUUGUGUGGUAUUUACCGAAGUUUUCAGAAAAAAAAGAAAUGUUUGUAAAAAAAAAAAUGGAGGGCGUACCUGUCAAGGUCCUCAGAAUGACACUAAAAGAGCGACAAGAAAAAUAAAACAUGUUGUAUGUUAAAUUUAAGCAGUCUUAUGUUGUCAUGUAUACAGGAGUAUUUUUACAUAAACCUUUUGUUUGUACAUAGCUGUGCCCACACAUACAAAGGGGUCAUGACAUAUUUCUUUUUCUUCAUGAGGUCCACUUAAAAUGUUAGUAAAGUUGUUGUCUUUUGCACCCUGUCUCUGGCCCUCUGACUGAAACCCUUGGUUUUGGGCUUUGUUAAUACCCAUUAUUAUCACUGGCUAACAUCCUGCUGCCCCUCGAAUACAGCCAUAUCCAGUUUACUGUAUGUUUGUAACUCAAUUGGAAGAAAAUGAACCAGGCAGUUACAAAACAACAAAAAUUAUAUUUCAGGGUUUACACUGAACGCACAUGCAACACAUUGCAUCUAAAUGUAUCAAAGUUUUUACUCAUAAAGCACCAUAAACUAUAAAUAUCAAACAAUCAUGAAAGAUAAAACUGGUUACUUAUGGUUUUGCAGUUGGGUCCAAUAGUUUUUUUUCACUUUCCCAUCUAACAGUUCCUUUGCAAAGCUUGAAUCGUACUAUGACUGAUUAAAUCCAAGCUGAUAUGAGCAAAAAACACAAAUACAUGCUGAAAUUAGCCGAACAUAUAAUCUUCAGUGAAGUGUGUGACACACAUAAACAAUCCAAUGUGAAAUGGGCCGCACUCACAAUCCUGAUGUGAUCGGGAACUUUUAAACUACAGUCGCGCUUUCCUAAUGUUGGGAUGCUUUAACAGACCAAAACAGAGACAGCCACGACAUCUAUCAUCUCCCGUGUCUGUUUACACACGACGGGACGCAGUUCUCAGCGAAAUUGAGAUGCGAGACGUUUUAGAAGUUGUUCUGCUAUUAAAAUGUGAUGCAUAUUGCCAGAAACGCAUCAAAAUGGUAAGGACAUACAUCUAGUGCAUGUUUAUAUAGACUUAUUUAAAAUAGUGCAGAUGGGAGCAAGAACACAUCCAAGACACUGUUAUACUCAAAACAGCAAGACGCAGAAUGAAACACAAUGGGGGGUCUCCUUUAAAGAGUUAUAACUUGACAGCAUUUUUUAAAAGCAGUGCAAAUAUUGUGCAUGUUUAUAUAGAACAAUUAUUAAAAAUAGUCCAUACGGGCACAAGAUUGUGUCCUGUGAAAGUCCCCUUUCACGAGCAGGAAAUGUUUUUGCAGCUUUGGGGAGGAAGUUUUGAGUUCUGAAACUUACAGUAUGUUUUUAUUGUAAAAUGAGCUCUGUAUGUCAAAAGAUCAAGGAAAAUAUGUCAUGACCACGUAAAUG